UUGCGCACUAGUCAAAUAGUUGAAGGAAUAAACAUAUUCUUUAUUGGAAAACAGUGCAACUGUUAUCAACCAAACAAAUAUUUUCUUAUUUAGAAAAAUAAUUUGAAAAAAAUUCAAAAAUUAAACACCAACAUGAAUAUGAAGAUACCGGAUUUUAAUAAGUUAGUUAAAGAGGCUGGAAGUACACUUUCACGCGUCGUUCAGCUAACUGAGGAAAAGUUGGGUACUGCAGAAAAAACAGAACUAGAUGGUCAUUUUGAAUCUUUGGCUGAUCGGGCCGAAAACACCAAAAUUUGGACUGAAAAACUGUUACGUAAUACUGAAGCAGUUUUAACUCCAAAUCCAGGAAAUCGUGCAGAAGAUUUUAUCUUUGAAAAAAUCGAAAAGAAAAAACCCACCCGUUUGAGUAACUUAGAAUAUUUGGGAUUGGAUAUGAUUGAAGCCUUGAAGUAUUUCGAUGGUUUUCGACUAGUUUUGAAUCCAUCCCACGAAGAUGGCACAAACACUCCCAAACAAAGACCUUCCAUAUAAAAACAGACAACAAGUGUGGCCUUUGAAAUUCAAGUAGGGAUAUUGUGGUCUGAAGGAAAGUGCACGUACGUUUUUCA